CCAUGUCCCUUCUGUGUGCGUCUCUGUAAACAAUUAUGAGAACAAUCAAAUUUAACUUACUGCCCUUUAUUCAGCAUCGCGAAACUUGAAAAAUUUAAUUUAGAAGUUAGAAUUAUUCAACUAUACGAAUGGCUCUGAAUCUGGUAGAGCUUUUGAAAAAAAUGAAAAAGAAUUUAAAUUUUGAUUGGACAAUUUUAAUUUUCUUGGUUUCCCUUUUCUGUGAACCAUUUGAUGCUGAACCGACUGGGCACUACGUAUGCGAUGUCUCAGAAACUUACUUGACGACGUAUGCAGCUUCUAGAAAAACCUCAUAUAUGACGUCAUAUACUACUUGGUGUUUUAGCAUACCUCCUCGUUGUACGAGGUAUAGAACGAGAUAUCGUACAACUUAUUCUACAGCCACUCGAACAAAUUCAAGAAUGGUAAAAGUAUGCUGCAAUGGGUACAAGGAAAUAAAUAGACAAUGUCAACCCAUUUGCAUUCCAAAUUGUAAAAUGGGUAAUUGUGCUUCUCCGAAUCGAUGUGAUUGCAACUCAGGUUACAAGGGACCCACCUGCGAUGCUAUUUGCCAUCCAACUGCAUGGGGUAAGAACUGUGCAAAUAGAUGUUCUUGUCAAAACGGAGCAACAUGUAUACGAUAUACUGGGUCUUGUUCUUGUGCACAAGGUUGGAUGGGAACACAUUGUGAGAAUUCUUGUGUUCAAGGAAAAUACGGGAAGGACUGCAAAGAAGUCUGUUUGUGUAAGAAUGGUGCAAAGUGUAAUCAUAUACAUGGGACAUGUGAAUGUGCUCCAGGAUAUAAAGGAAAACUGUGUGAAGAAAGAUGUCCAAAUGGCACAUGGGGAUAUUACUGUUCCAAAAACUGUACUUGUCAAAAUGGUGCUUUAUGUGAUCCAGUGUUAGGAAAAUGUAAUUGCACACCAGGUUUCGUUGGUGACAGUUGUGAGAAAAGAUGUCUAAAAGGUACAUAUGGUUAUCAGUGUCUGAAUCAAUGUAAAUGUGAAAAUGACGGACUAUGUGACGCAGUUAGUGGACAUUGCAAGUGUCCAUCAGGUUUUCAUGGACAAUAUUGUGAAAAUAAAUGCGCGGAAGGCUUUUAUGGAUUAAAUUGUGCACAUGCUUGCCUUUGCUCUAAAAAUACAACUGUCAAUUGUCAUUUUAUAAGUGGAGCUUGUUACUGCAUACCUGGAUGGAAAGGAGCUCUCUGUGAUGAGCAAUGUGAUCAUCCUACGUGGGGUGAGAAUUGUAACAACACUUGUCCUUGUGAAGAGAAUAUAAGUUGUCAUCAUGAAACAGGAAAAUGCUUGUGCGAAAGCGGGUGGACUGGUUAUAAUUGUUCUGAAAAAUGUGCAUAUGGGGCAUAUGGUGAUGGUUGUGAUAGAUUAUGUCCCGAUUGUCCAUACGGGAAUGUUUCCUGUCAUCAUAUAACUGGGUGGUGUGACUGUCCUUCUGGAUACACUGGACCUUUUUGUGAACAAAUUUGCCCAAGAGGAACAUGGGGAAAGAGUUGUCAAAAUACAUGCAGCUGUCAUUUGGGAGGUGAUUGCAAUCCGAUUUUUGGUAAUUGCAUCUGCCCGUCUGGAAGAACAGGUUCAGAUUGUUCUUUGACUUGUUCAAAUGGAACGUAUGGUCUUAACUGCGCAUCCCAAUGUCUUUGUUAUAAUGACGGAAGCUGUGAUUCUCACUCAGGAAUUUGCAAAUGCAAACCAGGAUGGAUUGGAUCCCAAUGCCAAAAAGCUUGCCCUGAAGGAUUAUAUGGCAAUAGUUGCAAGAAAAUAUGCAAAUGCUCCUCUGCUCAGCUCUGUAAUCCUCAAUUAGGGUGCAUAGAAACGCCUGUUCAAGGUUUCUUCCAAGACAAUAAUCGAUUAGCUCAUAUUUUGAGUAUUUCAUGUGGAGGGUUUUUUCUGAGCAUGUUACUCAUAAUACUUGGAUGUUUGCUUUGUAAAAGAAAAAGAAAAAGAUCUGAAAAUAUUCAACUAAAACAGCUUUCUAGACAAAGUCCUGGAAUAUCUGAUUGUUCAAAUCUGAGGCAAAAUGAAGAGAAUGGAGAGUGUGCCGAAAGCUGUUGUGAAAACUUAUAUCAAAUCCCUGAUGUCAAUAAGGAUAAUCUCUCAAAUUUACCUAAUGGAAAUGCAGCAAGUAAGAAAAAUACGUCUUUAGAAAAUAUUGAGUUCAAGUUCCCAAACAAUCUAAGUCACUGCGGUUCAAGUCCUUAUUUUGAAAAUAUGGCGUAUGGAAAAAUAAAUUACGAUCAAGAUAUUUCAGAUUUAAAUGUCUACGACAAACCACAAAGCUCACGAAACAACAAAACACUUUCUGAAGGUGAUACUAUGGAAGAGAUAAAACAUUCAGAAAUGUUAGAAGAAAACGUUUAUGUAAACGUAUAAAGUUAAAGAAUACUUAUACAACAGACUUCUAUGUAAAUAAUACUUCCACAACUCACUAUAAUACUUCUAUGUAAAAUAAUACUUCUACAACUGACAAUGUUUCCGAAUUGGUGAUGUUAUUCACUUGAUGAUGUUUCUGUGAACAUCCUUAAAAAUAAAAAUAUUUGAAGAAAUAUAAAA